CAUAGUCAAUCCUCACACUUUCUUCCAGGUCAGUCACCGUAUUGGGACCGAAAGAUCGCAACUAAAGGACCACUUCUCCGUCGUACUUGGGGCUUUCAACCUCUCUCACGCUAGUGGCACUGCCCCAGCAAUCAAUCUGGUGCAGAGGCGCACAUAUUUCUAUCCUCAAACACCCAGUAUCUCGGAUGAAAGGUACAAGUAUGAUUACAGUCGGCCUUUCGAGCACCCAGUAUUUGCGGGGUACAUGGGUGCCGCUUUUUUCUCUUCUACAUACUAUAGUGGUAUCAUCAAGCGAUACAGUGACGUGUUUGUUUUGUCAAUUCAAGAGAAGCCCAAUGAGUUGGAAGUCCCGAAAGCUUUGGUUGCACUUGCAAGCACAGCGAUCCACGCCUGUAUCCAAGAUUUCUCCAGUGGCAUCAAGGACAACUUCCCGACUAAGGAACUUGAUGGAGUUUGGAAGUUGUCCCUUGAAAUUCUCGACGGAAUUCAGAAAAGAAAUCGCAUGAAAUACCAUCGACUCAUGCAUAAUCUCUAUAUCGAGUCAUCUGGUGCUGUGUCGUCAAUGCACAGCAUGACCAACCAACAAGUUUAUGAUACCAUUGACUGGUCUGCCAUCGAACAGGAUGAUGAUGACUACAACGGAAAUGGCAACCAUGAUGGCAACCCGCCUGCUCAAGCUUCCAAUAAGGUCAACAAGCAGCCUGUUACAGCUGCAGACGCUACCAAUGAAGGAAGCAGGAUUGAUUCCACGCUCUAAUUUCGCCUGAUACAUAUUUUGUCUUACAAGUCUCUCCUUAUCCUAUCGUGUCAUACCCUUGUUUUUAAUUCCUUGCAUUUGUCCUACCGUACUAUCCUAACUAAUAUGGUAUAAUUAACUCAAUGCUAUUGUUUCGUUAAUACAUGAUUGUCCAAAUAUCGCAA